UUUUCCGCCCCGUUUCCCUGCCUCCCUCUCCACUGCCUCGGGCCGCGUUUAAUUUCAUAGCCUUGAACUGCUUUUCCCAAACUCCCACUGCGGGGUGAUAUCUCCUCCUACCUCGCUCGAGGAAGCGCCUUGAUCUCCUCCGCCUCCUCCAGCCCCGGCUAGCCGAUCCCCCAUCGCCAGGGCGCCACCAAUGCGCAAUUGCGCGCACAACACAGGCGCCGGCCAAGUCGGUACUCUCCAUCCAGGCCUCGGCCGCCGCGGCUCUCGGCGCUUCCCGAGGCAUCGCUUUGUUCAAACAGCAACGGGCAAUGCAGCUGGGAUCCGGCGCGACCCGGCAGCGGCUGCCGCCGCAUUUGGCACGCCUGCUGCUGCUGGUGCUGUGCGCCCUAGCGGCGGCCCGGCCGGUCCGGUCCAGUGGCGCGCGGGCAUUGCUAGCAGAGAAUAACUGUAGGCACUUGGAGAUGACGGACGACAGCCGUAGUUCAGAACUGGCUUGCUACUGCUAUAUUCCGCAUGGAAAGAUACAGUUGAAAAAUAUUUGGUCAACUAUUCAGGUGAAGAUUAGCAGCACCGAAACAUUCGAGGUGAUGUCCAUCCCAGAGGAACAAAAUUGCCAAAGCUCUGAAAAUCUGCUUGCCUUUUUCAAGUGCCUGUUUAACAAUAUUUGGCAACCGGGUGUGUCUAACGAAACCACAAUAUCAGUGAGCCUGUAUGGAGAGGAAACCUGUUUCUGGGUGCAGCCUAUGAAAAAAACACCCUACACUGUACACACAAAACUAAACAUGUUGGAUCGGACACUCUUUCUGCUGUUUCUCACCGGCGUCCUUCUCUUUCAUUUUGCGCACAAUCUGAGCAGGAGUAUCACAUUCUAUUAUUCUGCUGGAGUCACAUUCGGUGUCCUUUCCACUCUAGUCUUUCUCCUUUUGAUGCUUAAAAGAUUUAUUCCCAAGGUAAGCACUUUCUGGAUUUUAAUGAGCGGCUGCUGGUUCUCUUCCCUCUACUUUCUUUACACGUGGAAAGAGGAUCUGAAAUGGCUGUGGCAUCACUGCCCACACUAUGUGCUAGGGUAUUGCCUGAUAGUCGGAUCCAUCAGUUUUGGUUUCUGUUACAAGCAUGGGCCGCUCAAGAGUGAACAAAGUAUGAACCUUCUGAUGUGGACGCUACAAUUUAUAGGCUUGGUUUUUAUUUAUGUUGGCAUUUCCAUACCAGUGGUUGCCUAUGCAGUCAUCGUCACCAUGCUGUGUUCAAAAAUCCUGCAUUAUCCUCUUAGAGGAUUCGGCUACAUUGGCAGAAAAGCCAGCCGGCUCUUCAAAUCAGGAAACUUGGAGGUUCGUUACCUGACUGAAGAAGAGUAUCGGGAGCAAGGUGAACAGGAGACCCUCAAGGCCUUGGAGGACCUACGAACCUUCUGCCGUCGCCCUGAUUUCCCCUCGUGGGUAGCAGUGGUGAAGCUGCAGUCGCCACAAAGAUUUGCAAAAUUUGUCCUGGGGCUUCCGCAUGUGUCGCCUGAAGAAGCGGCCGCCCACGAUGAGCAGUACGGCUUGGGAGGGGCCGCCUUAGAAGAGCAACUUUUUAAUCCAGAGGCCGAGGCAGAGCCCGACCGCCAAACAGAGCCCUGCGAGGUGGAUGAAAACCCCAAGGAAGAGGAGCAAAGGCAAAACUUUUUCAGUAAAGACGUUCUCUGAGUCACACUCUCUGGAGGUAGUGAGGGCACUGCAGUUUUGCAAGCGGGUGAGAAUUCGCAGAACAGACUUUGGAAGGUUCUGCUUUCUGAACUGCACGGCAGGGGGCAGCCAAGAUUUUUCCAAAGGAGUCUCUUCUGCUGCUUCAGGUCUCUUUUUGCAACCUUUUAAGGUUGCAGAGAUUUAUCGGAGAACGCAUGUGCUCCCCAAAGGUACUGGGUUUAACCAGAAGUUCAACAAGACUUUUGUUUUUUAUUCCGAAUCAGAGGCUUGCAGGGAAAUCUCCUCCCUGCUGACACCCCCCCCCCACUUUUAUAUGGUUUUAUAUGGUUUGUUUGCCUGCUUGUCAAAAGACUCAACUUCUGAGGUGUUGAGCUGAGAAAACCAGCAAGAGGUUAAAGUCAUUUUAAACUAAUUUUCGAAAGGCGAGGGUGAACCAAAGUUGUCAGUCUUUGGUUUUAACAUGAUGCUGAUGUUUAAGAGGGAGCCAAUUACACCCAUGCUUUGGGUUAAUACGCUUCAGGUUGAGUACUCCGCGGACCCGUCUGGAACGGAUUAAUCCACUUUCCAUUACUUUCAAUGGGAAAGUUCGCUUCAGUUUAUGAACGCUUCAGUUUAUGAACAGACUCCCGGAACCAAUUGUGUUCAUAAACCGAGGUACCACUGUAUGUGGAUAUGUAAUUGAUUUUAUUUUUAUUUUUUUGUAAUUUUAUAUUGUAAAAACAAAACAAAAAUAAAAAUGAUUUAAAGAAAAAAUA